UAUAAUAUUCGUGUAAAAUAAUUCUAGCAGCUAGACUUAUCUUAGGCUUCGUCCAUUACGUGUACAGUUUAAGGGGGGAGGUCGCGAAAAAUAUAUCAUUGUAAACGAUAGAGAGUGAGGAGGAUCGAGGUAUUGCCUACGUAGACUUUUUUUUUAACAUUAGUGACAGGAAUUCGUUCUUAUAAGCCUACUUACUAGUCAAGUGACUUUCAGAAAAUAUUUACAGAAAUUUUUCAUUUUUUCAAUGUCGGGAUCAGUAAACUAUUGUACUGUACACGCAAUUAAAGAGGAGAAGGAGAUUUGCCAAAAUACACAAUGGGAGGGGAUCAAAAGUGGCUGAAAAACUACACGUAAUUAAUAGACCGGUCCUUAUACGAGCUGCAAAUAUUAUCCUCACUAAUUUGCAGCUAACUUUGCUAAUAUUCCAGUAGCAGAGUGUUGAAGUAAGAGAACAACGAUCGAAAUUUCCUACAUCCAAUCAGUGAAUAAUUCAUGUCAAGUUCGUGCACGAGUCACACCCAAAUAUAUUGAAUAACAAUCGUGAUGAAAAAAUUAGAAUACAAGGUCAAUAAAGCUAUUAAGUAGAUUUUUUCCUAUCUUAUUAAUAAAUAAUAAACGUUUCAGGAAUUUGUGAAGAGCGGGAGCCAUUUAUAGUUUGUUUGAUUGUAAGCUAAAGUAAAUAUUUUUAUGGAAUUUUUAACGACUUUUUCCAAGUAUGUUAAACCUACUCCUUUUCUAAAUUCGAUUCAUUUUGUUAAAGAAAUUAAAAUAUUUCGAGUCGAAACGUUUUCGAGCAUUUACGGACGUGUGUUACGCAGCAACACGUAAGAAAUAAAGAACCGAAUUGGCGAUAGCAGCGCUAUUAGCGAGUAUAAAUAAAACUAAAGCGGUAUUUUCAAUCAAGAAUUAGAGAAGCGUGCAUGGAGGUUAAUGAAUUAUCUGUAGCUGUGUAUCAUCAGGAAGAUUUGCUUCCUCUUUAAAAAGGAAGCAUGGUACAAUGAUAAAACUUCCAGUAUACUGAAAAUUUAAAAAAAAAUCAAUAAUUCAGGUCACGCAUUUAAAAUUAACAAGAAAAUAAUGUAAAUACGAAAAUUCAUAUUUUCCGAAAAAAAAGACAUCAACAUGAAAAAUACAUCGUUACAUCUAGAUUGGACUGAUUCUAACUCUACUUUUAUGCACCAUGGUUUUCCUGUGAUUGUACCGUUAUCGAUCGUCAUGGUAAUCAUCAUUAUAUUAGCAAUAGGUGGAAAUAUCAUGGUUAUUCUCACAAUCUGCAGGCAUCGAGGGAUGAGGACUAGAACUAACAUUUUCAUUGUCAAUUUAGCAGCGGCCGAUAUCCUUAUUGCUGUUUUCAAUAUGCCUUUAUCGUUGGUCACUCUUAUAAGUGGCGAUUGGGUGUUCGGUAAAGGCAUGUGUCUAUUCAAUGGCUUUACCAUGGCUCUUUUUCUCAUUUGUUCCAUUCACACUUUGAUGUAUAUCAGUAUACAUAAAUAUAUAUCCAUCACAAAGCCAUUCAGUCGAGCAAUGAAUCCUCGAAGAAUUAAGAUAAUGAUUGCGGCUACAUGGAUCUGGUCAUGUAUCUGUGCCACAGCGCCUCUAUUGGGGUUGAAUCGCAUAAUUUACAAGAAAGGUUCAUCCCAGUGUGGGCCCAGUUAUCCAGAUGACGUCGGCGAUUAUGCUCAUUCUUUCAUCAUUACCACAACCAAUUAUAUAAUUCCAUUAGGAGUCAUGACUUUUUGUUAUUUUCAUAUAUUUCGUGAAAUCCACGAACAUAUGAAGAGAAUCCGAGAAACAUCUAAUAUUAACUUGGAGAGUUCUGUUUCUCAACAGAAGAGGAUAUCAAUCACCCUAUUUUUUGUGUUAGCUUGCUUUUUAAUAUGCUGGACACCGUUUGUUUUGUAUUCUACUUCUGUGGCCAUCAUGAAAAACAAAUCAAUGAUGCCGCUCGUCAUUAAUCCUAUAGUUUAUUGGUGCGGAUACUUAAAUUCUGCCUGUAAUCCCAUUAUAUAUGCCUUCAGAAGUCCUUCAUUCCGCCAAGGAUAUAAAGAAAUAAUGUGUGGCACUUAUCAAGGUCCUAUACUUAGUGCAGGAAGUUCCGUUCGUACGAUGAGUUUCCGUUCACGUUCGUUACGAACUUCUAAUAAAUCUCAUAGAACGUUUUCAGACAGAUUUACUUUGAGAAAAUGGCGAUCCAAGAAGAAUAAAGAUAUUAUACCAGCGAAAACGUUGCCAAACAGAAAACGUUUUCUGUCACAAACCUCGUGGAUCAGUUUACCUUGUUUGCCAAUGGGUUUGAAAAGAGUCAUUACUACCAGCGUUAAAGAAAAUAAUGAAAAACGCAACAAUCCACCGGAAAAAUCACCAAAUUUAGAAGAGGUUGUAUCCAAUAAUCAACAGAAACUAUCGCCAGUAGCAGAAAAAAGAUUGUCAGUGUCGUGCCCUUCGUUAAAAGAAACAGAAAACAGAACACCAGUUCAAGAAAGUUCCGAAAAUUGUACAGAUGAAGACUUAAAAGAAGUCACACCGACGAUAGGAAAUGGCUCCGUUAUAACGGAAAAUACUGAUGUGGAAAUCAACAUCUGUUCAGAGAGUACUUUUUAAACGUUUAAUACCCGCAUUCACAAUCAAGAGUUUAGAGUUAGAAGUUAACCAAUAAGUAAAACAAAUAGCAAUUGGAUAACUUCUAACACAAGCUCUUGAUCCUUGGUUGUGAAUACGGCCUUUAAAAUAUUAAUAUUAAAAUACAGGCACAAAAGGCAGUAAUUUACAACAAUUUUAGUAGUAAAUGCUGUCAUCUUUCUAGUCACGAUAUAAAUAAAAUUGAUUUUAAACUGACAUUGACGUACAACAUGACAGAAACUCUUGUUAUACUCUUUGUUGUUGAACUAUUUUGAACGUGAUCAGAGAACAAAUUAAAUACGGUCGUUGUUUAAAUGAAUACGAAGAUUAACAUAUCAACGUUGAAGGAACGUUAUUAUUUAAAAUCAUCUGCACAAUAUUUUCAACAUUUAAAUUAAACAAUAAAAUUUCAUUAAAAAAUAAUUUUAAUAUGUAUCGGUAUAAAAGUUGCAAAAUUUAAAUAUAAAUAACAAGCUUAUUAUGUAAUUUAAAUAUUUUAAAAAUUAUAAAUGCACAGUUGCGUGGCGUCACAGGUAUAAAAGAAAGUACCUUUUUUUCAUUAAAGUUGUACAAAUAUUUAAAAAUUGAAUUUAAAAUACACUUCUUUUGAAUGUUAUAAUUAAAAUAGCCGAUUUUAACAGUAAAAACCGAAUAUUCGUAUGUAUAAUAAGUGAGAAAGGACACGAUCUAUUCGCAUCACGUCGCGCCAACUGAAAAACAUGUAUACGCUAAAUAAAAUUUUAUUUAUUUAAACAUAAUCAUACAUGAAAUUAAAGCGUAAAUUUUUCAGAUUAAUGUUUAUUCUAUGUUAGAUUGUUUGAAUUAAAUUGCCGCAUAAUAAUUAGAGCUAUGAAAUGUAAUUAUUAUAAUUAACUGCGUCAGUCUGACCAUACAUAUUUAUUCCACUGCUUUGUAACGUAAUAUGUAACUGUAAUACUAUAAAAUGUUGUGUGUACAUACACAAAUAAAAUUGAAAAACAAAAUAUUUUAUUAAAUCUGUGUAAUUUUAAGUAAUUUUAUCUUUAUAAAAAGUAUUAUUUUACUUCACUAAGCUGAUUGAAGUACUAAUAGAGAACCAUUUGUAGACUACUUAAAUUGAUAAGAGAUAAUUUAAAAUCGAAACGAUUAUUUAUCCAUAACUUGUGUAAAAAGUGGAAGAAAAUACGUAGACAUAUGCAGUGUAUUUAAUAAACAUUAAAAAUUUGUUACUAGAAAAUUUAGGCAUGUGAAACACUUCUUGAAUGUGGUCGUCAUGAAAGCUUUCAUAUUUAAAACUGUUAGAAAUGUUUAUCAAACGCUUCAAUGAUACGUAUUAAUAUAUAUAUCGACGAUUAUAAGAGCGAAUACUAAGUGCCAUAUUUAUCAAAGAAUUAUACAUUUUAUUUAAUCCUAAAAUCUACAAACACAGGUCAAGUGCGGCAAAUAACGUUAUGAUUAAUCAGAAGAUAAUUUUAUAAUUUAUAAUGUCCUAAUCUCCAAAGCAGUUAUUGUUAAUUGAUACUCUAUACACCUUUACUAUAAAUUGAAUUUAUAUUUAUAUUCUUAACAAAAGAAGCGUUAUGAAUUUUUAGUUUAUCAAAUUAAUGAAUUACAACCGUUUGGUAAAACUGCUUUGAUGUUGUUCCGACGUCGAGUGGUCGCUAUUUUCAAGUGUUUACAGUAUUUUUACAGUUGAAAAUCAUUUCUGGUAGACUUGCAACUAAGCAAAUAUUUGAAUUUGUUCAUCCUUUAGAUCUGGAUAAAUGUAAAAUAGCAA